CAGUUAUAGAAAAGUUGAACCGUUACAGCCAGUCUCAGAAAUCUGUGGGUGGUGAUGUCUGCAGAAUGUGGCUUAAAGAUUCUGUUGAGGACCACUCACUGAUCGCCCAACUGGAUACACUCAUCAGUGAUGUGGAAUAUGUGCACAGCUUCUACUAUGGUGAGUCAGCCACUUUGAAUACAGAGUUUCUGUAGUGAGCUAAAAUAGUGCUGGGAACAGUUGGCUUGGCAAAGAGAGCAUUUAAAUAGGCUGUUGGUCUGGGCUAAAUGUAACCAAUGAUAAUAAUAAUUUAAAAAAUCUUCCAAGUUUUUUUGUGUUUUCCCAAAAAUGCUAAAAUUAUUUGAAACCUGUGUCAGAUCAGGAUAUUGGCUAUGUUAAUAGCUGAGGGAGUGGGUCUUGAAACCCGUGUCAGAUCAGGAUAUUGUCUAUGUUAAUAGCUGAGGGAGUGGGUCUUGAAACCCGUGUCAGAUCAGGAUAUUGUCUAUGUUAAUAGCUGAGGGAGUGGGUCUUGAAACCCGUGUCAGAUCAGGAUAUUGUCUGAGUUAAUAGCUGAGAGAGUGGGUCUUGAAACCCGUGUCAGAUCAGGAUAUUGUCUGAGUUGAUAGCUGAGAGAGUGGGUCUUGAAACCCGUGUCAGAUCAGGAUAUUGUCUGAGUUAAUAGCUGAGAGAGUGGGUCUUGAAACCCAUGUCAGAUCAGGAUAUUGUCUGAGUUAAUAGCUGAGAGAGUGGGUCUUGAAACCCAUGUCAGAUCAGGAUAUUGUCUGAGUUAAUUGCUGAGAGAGUGGGUCUUGAAACCCGUGUCAGAUCAGGAUAUUGUCUGAGUUAAUAGCUGAGAGAGUGGGUCUUGAAACCCAUGUCAGAUCAGGACAUUGUCUGAGUUAAUUGCUGAGAGAGUGGGUCUUGAAACCCGUGUCAGAUCAGGAUAUUGUCUGAGUUAAUAGCUGAGAGAGUGGGUCUUGAAACCCGUGUCAGAUCAGGAUAUUGUCUGAGUUAAUAGCUGAGAGAGUAGGCCUUGAAACCCGUGUCAGAUCAGGAUAUUGUCUGAGUUAAUAGCUGAGAGAGUGGGUACUGGGGUGGGUCAGGCGAGGUAAGACAUCUUGGCAGAAUUUGUCAAUAGAUCUAUCAGCUUGUUUUCUUCAUUUUGUGUGAUACAAAUCAUGUAUUGCAGAUUACAUUACCAUUGUGUGAUACAAAUCAUGUAUUGCAGAUUACAUUACCAUUGUGUGAUACAAUCAUGUAUUGCAGAUUACAUUACCAUUUAAUUUUAGAAAGAUCAAUAGUCACUGGUCAGAAAAGAUUUGUAGUGUUGUAGUUACCUUCUUUUAAAUGCCGUACAUUUAAUUUGUAUGAGGUUUACUCCUUUCUUUUGACCCAUCUUUCGUUCCACCAAGUCUAGUGUGUAAGUAUAACGUUUCAAAUUUGUUGUGAAAACAGUAGGACUCUAUUCCUAAAAAAUCAGCCUAAAUUGGCACUGACACUAAGCAAUGGUCCAACAAUUUGGAACGCCCUUCCACUCGAUCUCAGAAACAUCCAGACACUGGAGUCCUUUAAAACCGAUUUAAAGACACAUUUAUUUCGCAAACACCUUCUGGGAUGAUUGUCUACCAUAUUUUCCAUUUAAUACAUAUUAGCUGUGUUGCUCAAGGUUGAAAUGGCUAGAAAGACUUUGACAUUGUAUGCUUGUAAUUAGUUUUUGUAGUGUUGCGUUUGUUUUAAAUGUGGUAAAUUAUAGAUUUGUUUUUUGUUGACUUUGUACCGCGCUUCGAGCCUUUGGGGAUGAAGCGUGUUUUUGAAAUGAACUUUAUUAUUAUUAUUAUUAUUAAUGGGCUUAUCAGUAAUGGACAACUUUGGAUGGCAUAGAUUUUGGAGCAGAAGAGUUCUGUUUUGAAGUCAAUCACCUAAAACAUUGUUUGUGCAAUGGUCAGUCAGACACAGCUGUUUUGGAGUCAAUCACCUAAAACAUUGUUUGUGCUAUGGUCAGUCAGACACAGCUGUUUUGAAGUUGGCUGUAAGCUGUGGAAAUAAUGCAAUUCUAUCAUCUGGUCGGGCUGGUCCUGUACAGCCAGCCCCUUACCAUAACACUGGCCACAUAUCUUCUGGUCGGGCUGGUCCUGUACAGCCAGCCCCUUACCAUAACACUGGCCACAGAUGGCAUUGUGGGAUCAAUAACUUUAAAUUUCAUAAGCUUUUGGUCUUAGCACAUGGUGGCCAAUAUGGCAGUUUCUAGCAAUGAUUAGUCAUAUUGAUAAUGAAAUGUCUAGACGGUUAAACUCGGUUGUAUGUCACAACUUGGACAAACACUCAAGAGGGCAAUCCUAUAGUUGUAUUUGAUUUCUGAUCAACUUUUGUUUGAUUGAAUGAAAACAUGAAAACAUUGGUGUAUGCUUGAUACAUCCCUCUAGUAAAAUUAGAAUUGUUGGUGCAGAGAGUAAAAAAACAACUACUUCAAAACGAACUGUUACAUUUGUAUCAUUGUUGUAUCAUUUUUGUAUCAUUUUUGUACACUCUCUUAUGUUACUUCUGUGUCUUUCCUCCUUAUUACCUGGUAUUGCUGAGAAUAAAGACAAUUAAUAGCUUGCUUCUGGCCCCGGUCCGCUUGGUCCUGUUGUGUCCCCAUGGUUUGGUCCCGAGUCAUGUUAUCUAUUGUCCAUUGUUCAUGCUUGGACAGAAGACAAAAUAGGACUAGGGAUUAAAUAUUGAACAGCUGAAUGUUCCAGUGUAAACAAUACAUUGGCCUCUAGUGAGCACAUGACUAAGGCAUUAGCCUAGACUUAGCACAUGACUAAGGCAUUAGCCUAAACUUAGCACAUGACUAAGGCAUGCAGACACAGAGAAAAUGGUCUCAGGACCACUAUAAAAAAUUCAAGUGCCUCUUUUAAAAGUUAUCUUCUUCAUAGCAAUUUUUGUUUUAAGGAUGUCGAUAGGAAUGAAAGCCAACCCUCCUUCACUUAUGUAAACAAAUUAAUGAGGGAACAUUUGUGUGCAAUCUAAUAUACCAUGUUUUUACAAACUGGCGACAUAUCCCUUUGCCACCCAGCAUAUUUGAGAGCACACCUGGUGCCAUCUGGCCAUUAAACACCAGGUAGUCAAAGGGUUAAAUGAGUAAUAGUGUUGGAGUCUGGCCAGGCUUGUUGUACCGCUUUCAUACAACAGAGAUGUUGAUAUUGCUGUUUGGCACACUGUUAAUUAUUCAUUAGCUAUUGUGUGUGUAGACCAGGAGGCUAUAUAAGGUGAGUAUCUGGUGACUGGUGGACAUUUCAUUGUUAGCGGCUACCAUAUUAAUAGUUAGCUUAAAAAUAUGUGCUCGGAUUUUGAAAUUAUUUGUCUUUCUUAACAAUUUUUAGAAAAAAUAAGCUCUUAAAAUCAGCCAUUGCUUGCUGUUCAACUAAUUGCCAAAAAAACAGUUAAGGGAUACAAGGUUGUUAAAAUAUAUAUAUCAAUUUCAAAUGAACCAAUAAUUUCUGAUAUGUUACUGAUGAAGACAGACAUGGCUUUUACAUAGCACUAUUAAUAACUUGGUUAGUUUUUAAAAUGUGUUUAAUGUAUGUUUUUUUCUCUGAUUUAUUUAGGAGUUCACUAGAUUAAAGAAGUCCAUAUGAUCAUAUAAUUUCACUAGAUCAUAGGAGUUCACUUGAUUAUAGGAGUUCACUUGAUUAUAGGAGUUCAUUUUAUCAAUGGAGUUCACUUGAUCAUUGGAUUUCACUAUAUCAAUGGAGCUCACUUAAUCCUAGGAAUUCAUUUGAUCUUAAGAGAUCAGUUGAUCAUACACAUAAAAGAAAAGAACUAAAAUUGUGAGAAUCUACUUUGUCUAAAUAAUUUAUUUUAAUCUUCUCAUCUUUAAUUCUUACCACCCCCCCACCCCACCCCACCCUCCAAUAAAGAUGAGGCUUUCCUAUGCCAGCCCGACUGUGUGAAUGCUAUGAGGAUAUGUUUCAAGGCCAUUGAGCUAAACAAACCUGCCCUUCUUACGGACAUCAGUCCACACUUGGUACGCACUUUCUGCAUAUACAGUGGAACCUCGGAUAACGAACACCCCAGUUAACUAACGAAUCGGUUAACGAACAAGUUAUUUGAACAGUUUUUGACUCUGCUGUUAAUGAAUAAUAAUUCUGUACAUACAACACCAUUCACUUAGUAGUGCUAUGGUGCUAGUAGUGCUUUGGUGUUAGUAGUGCUUUGGUGUUAGUAGUGGUUUGGUGCUAGUAGUGGUUUGGUGCUAGUAGUGGUUUGGUGUUAAUGUGUGUUGGUACUAGAGGUGUUAUGGUGCUAGUAGUGCUUUGCUUUGGUGCUAGUAGUGCUAUGGUACUAGUGGUGCUUUGGUGUUAAUGUGUGUUGGUACUAGAGGUGUUAUGGUACUAGUAGUGCUUUGCUUUGGUGCUAGUAGUGCUAUGGUACUAGUGGUGCUUUGGUGUUAAUGUGUGUUUGUACUAGAGGUGUUAUGGUGCUAGUAGUGCUUUGGUGCUAGUAGUGCUAUGGUGCUAAUGUGUGUUGUACUAGUAAUGUUAUGUUGCUAGUAGUGCUUUGGUGCUAAUGUGUGUUGGUACUAGUAGUGCUAUGUGCUAGUAGUGCUUUGGUGCUAAUGUGUGUUGGUACUAGUAGUGCUUUGGUGCUAGUAGUGCUAUGGUGCUAAUGGUGCUAAUGUGUGUUGGUACUAGUAAUGUUAUGUUGCUAGUAGUGCUUUGGUGCUAAUGUGUGUUGGUACUAGUAGUGCUAUGUGCUAGUAGUGCUUUGGUGCUAAUGUGUGUUGGUACUAGUAGUGAUAUGUGCUAGUAGUGCUUUGGUGCUAAUGUGUGUUGGUACUAGUAGUGCUAGUAGUGCUUUGGUGCUAAUGUGUGAUGGUACUAGUAGUGUUAUGGUGCUAGUAGUGCUUGGUGCUAAUGUGUGUUGUACUAGUAGUGUUAUGGUGCUAGUAGUGCUUUGGUGCUAAUGUGUGUUUGUACUAGUAGUGUUGUGGUGCUAGUAGUGCUUUGGUGCUAGUAGUGCUAUGGUGCUAGUGGUUCUUUGCUUUGGUGCUAGUAGUGCUUUGGUGCUAGUAGUGCUAUGGUGCUAGUAGUGCUUUGCUUUGGUGCUAGUAGUGCUUUGGUGCUAGUAGUGCUUUGGUACUAGUAGUGUUAUGGUACUAGUAGUGCUUUGCUUUGGUGCUAGUAGUGUUAUGGUGCUAGUAGUGCUUUGGUGCUAAUGUGUGUUCAUACUAGUAGUGGUAUGGUGCUAGUAGUGCUAUGGUGCUAUUGGUGCUUUGCUUUGGUGCUAGUAGUGCUUUGGUGCUAAUGUGUGUUGGUACUAGUAGUGCUAUGUGCUAGUAGUGCUUUGGUGCUAAUGUGUGUUGGUACUAGUAGUGCUAUGGUGCUAGUAGUGCUUUGGUGCUAAUGUGUGAUGGUACUAGUAGUGUUAUGGUGCUAGUAGUGCUUGGUGCUAAUGUGUGUUGUACUAGUAGUGUUAUGGUGCUAGUAGUGCUUUGGUGCUAAUGUGUGUUGGUACUAGUAGUGUUAUGGUGCUAGUAGUGCUUUGCUUUGGUGCUAGUAGUGCUUUGGUGCUAGUAGUGCUAUGGUGCUAGUGGUUCUUUGCUUUGGUGCUAGUAGUGCUUUGGUGCUAGUAGUGCUAUGGUGCUAGUAGUGCUUUGCUUUGGUGCUAGUAGUGCUUUGGUGCUAGUAGUGCUUUGGUACUAGUAGUGUUAUGGUACUAGUAGUGCUUUGCUUUGGUGCUAGUAGUGUUAUGGUGCUAGUAGUGCUUUGGUGCUAAUGUGUGUUCAUACUAGUAGUGGUAUGGUGCUAGUAGUGCUAUGGUGCUAGUGGUGCUUUGCUUUGGUGCUAGUAGUGCUUUGGUGCUAAUGUGUGUUGGUACUAGUAGUGUUAUGGUGCUAGUAGUGCUUUGCUUUGGUGCUAGUAGUGCUUUGGUGCUAGUAGUGCUUUGGUACUAGUAGUGUUAUGGUACUAGUAGUGCUUUGCUUUGGUGCUAGUAGUGUUAUGGUGCUAGUAGUGCUUUGGUGCUAAUGUGUGUUCAUACUAGUAGUGGUAUGGUGCUAGUAGUGCUAUGGUGCUAGUGGUGCUUUGCUUUGGUGCUAGUAGUGCUUUGGUGCUAAUGUGUGUUGGUACUAGUAGUGUUAUGGUGCUAGUAGUGCUUUGCUUUGGUGCUAGUAGUGCUUUGGUGCUAGUAGUGCUUUGGUACUAGUAGUGUUAUGGUGCUAGUAGUGCUUUGGUACUAGUAGUGUUAUGGUGCUAGUAGUGCUUUGCUUUGGUGCUAGUAGUGUUAUGGUGCUAGUAGUGCUUUGGUGCUAAUGUGUGUUCAUACUAGUAGUGGUAUGGUGCUAGUAGUGCUAUGGUGCUAGUGGUGCUUUGCUUUGGUGCUAGUAGUGCUUUGGUGCUAAUGUGUGUUGGUACUAGUAGUGUUAUGGUGCUAGUAGUGCUUUGCUUUGGUGCUAGUAGUGCUUUGGUGCUAGUAGUGCUUUGGUGCUAGUAGUGCUUUGGUGCUAGUAGUGCUAUGGUGCUAGUGGCUAGUGGUGCUUUGCUUUGGUGCUAGUAGUGCUAUGGUGCUAGUGGUGUUAGUAGUGUUGUGGUGCUAGUAGUGUUAUGGUGCUUGUAGUGCUUUGGUCCUAGUGGUGCUAGUACUGCUAUGGUGCUAGUAGUGCUUUGUUGCUAGUGGUGCUAGUGGUGCAUUGCUUUGACUCUUUUGCAUUAAAGAUAGUUUGUCACAGUGCUAUAUAUGUAAUAGACUCAUUUCUUUUCCUGACCUCUACUUUUGGUGUUAUUUUAGCCCUUAUGAGAUCUAAAGGGAAACACUUUAGUCAUAGGAAUUAUGUUAGCAAAGUGUUGUUAUAAAUGGAGAGGCUACCAGUUCUGAUAAAAUGAUCUAUUUUGAUAUAGAACAACAAUUCAACAAUGCAAUGAUACCCCAUUACUAAGUGUCAACCGGAUCGACUGAAUUAACAUUGAUUUCAAUGGAUCGACUGAAUUAACAUUGAUUUCAAUGGAUCGACUGAAUUAACAUUGAUUUCAAUGGAUCGACUGAAUUAACAUUGAUUUCAAUGGAUCGACUGAAUUAACAUUGAUUUCAAUGGAUCGACUGAAUUAACAUUGAUUUCAAUGGAUCGACUGAAUUAACAUUGAUUUCAAUGGAUCGACUGAAUUAACAUUGAUAUCAAUGGAUCGACUGAAUUAACAUUGAUUUCAAUGGGGAAAAAUUAUUUCGGGUAGCCAACACUUCGGUUUAAAAACGGAGUAUCAGAACGAAAUACGUUUUUUUUUUAUCCAAGGUUCCACUGUUCUUUGUUUUGUGUUUUUUAAUGACUUCAUGGUGUUGGGCAACAAUUUUUGUAGAUGGAAAGAGCCAUGUCAGUGAUAGGAAGUGGAACAUUGAGAGUUAUCCAUUGUUUCUCAUGACAGUUCAAGGGUUGUCAAAGGGAAAAAAGGGGUGUGGCUGGGAGGGAGAGCCCAAAAUCUUACUUGAGUAGUUUCAAGAACAACAAAAUAUGAACAGUUGUUUAAUUGAACACUUUGUUUGAUAUUGUUUGUGUUCUGCCAGAAAUGUCACCAUUGAUAAUGUCCACAGUUACGAGCGACCCAGAUCACUUCAUCUCACACACGAAGCGCAUCGUCCCCCGAACAUCGAACAUCACGAAUUUCCUCACCGGGUGGAGGGGCUUCACCGUUAGGGCGGUCACUUCCUGUCUGGGAGGCAAUAGAUCCAGAAAUGGGCAACAGACAUGGGCAUUUGAAUGGUAAUGCAAAAUUAUUUUUUAUCUGCUGUUUGGUUUAUGCAAGAAAAUAUAUCUCCAUAAUGUAUGUGUCAAUGAAUGUUACGUUCUUUGUUCAUCUCAUCAUAUUAAUUCAAUUGCCCUUCAGGGAGGAGUCUCAAAUAUUUGUAAAUAUUGACUUUUUUCCUUGUCUUCCUGUAUUUUUUAUAGGUGCAAAUGAAUGUUUAUAUUUUUUAAAAAUAUUUCUUUAUGCAAAAAAAAAUAUUGAAUAUCAUUUUAACAAAACAACUUCUGGUGGCAUUUUAGGAGCUAAAAUAUUGAAUCAAAAGUUUUUAUGAGAGUUGGUUGUUCUUAUCUUAAAUUAUUUUUAAUGACCAAUACUUGAAUUGCCAAAUUAAAAUGAUAGUUUUUUUAUUUGCAACUCUUUCAAUGAAAUCUCAGUUUAUUCAGUGGUAAAUUAGCUCAUUGAUUUUGUCUUGUUGUCUCUAGUACGCUACUCCCAAAUGGGCAGUUCCAACAUGUCACUGUCUGUGGAUCCAUCUCUCGGAGGCUCCAGCCUGCUGCAACAAAAAAUUCUAUCCGGCCCUUGUUUUGUCUCAUCCCUUGACUCACCUGGCCUCCUUGAAAGUCUCCGGAGUGACCCCUUGACGGACGCGAUGAGAAGCGCCCAGCGUUCUAAUCCAUAUAAUCAUCAUUCCGCC